AUGUUGUAUGGCAAAAUUUCAAAUAGUCCUUUUGCAAAUACUGCACAAUCUAAAAUUCAUAAAAAAGAGAAUAGAGUAAAAUUAGAGAAGUUUGCAAAAGAUUCAGUAGACAAUGCCUACAAGUUCUAUGUCUCAAAUCAUAGCAAUCUCCCAAAAAUUAAAUAUUUUUCUUCUUCAAAACUCAG